CCAGGCCGGCUUAUAUAUGCAUGCAUCGAUGCAUGUGGCGACUGGCGAGCAGGUGUAAACUAUUCCCGGCCGGCGGCCGACUGUUUUGUUUGAUCCCCUCUGCUGCUUGAUUAGCGCGCGAGGCUAGCCUAGAUCCUCGUGGUCGGUCCGACUUGUGUUUCGUUGCCUGUCUGCUUGUUUAGCUUCGAUCGAUCCGGCCGGCCUCUCGGUCGACAUGGAUCAGUGUGCGUCCAGGGUGCUGCCAAUCAUCGACGAGGGGUCGGAGUCGGAGUCGGAGACGGGGUCGUCAACGGAGGGUGUGGCGCCGGAGACGACGACGAGGAAGGCCGCGGCGGCGGCGAGGGCCAUCGCCGAGCGCAGGAAGGCGAUCGUGGCUAGGAUGAGGGAGCUGCUCCGGCGCGCCGUCGUGCAGUCGUCCUCGGCGGCGGCGGCUCAGUCCAAGCUCCGCUCCUCCACCGUGGCCACCGCCAAGAAAUGGAAGAGGGUGGUGACCUUCAAGAGUAGAGAUCGCCGGCGUUCGGUCGUCCACGGCGGCGGCCUCGACGGCAUGAGCUCCGCGUCGUCGGUGUCCAGCGCCAGCAGGAACAGCCUGAGCAGCCGGGACGCCGCAUUCCCGCGCUCCCCUCCGCCGCCAUUCGCCACCGCCCACAAGAUAUGCUUCGAAGAGAUCAUGGCGAUGGAGCAGGAGGCUCACUGGAUCACCACGGAUUCCGACUUCGUCGUGCUGGAGCUCUAGAACGCCGGAGACGGCGACGAUGGUGGUCUCCCCGACGGGCAAAUUAACGUACGGGUGGCGUGGAUUCGUUGGUGGCCCGGCCCAAGGCUAGCAAUUCGGCCCGGCGUGAUCACACAAGUUUACAGGCCAAUAAUAGUGGGCCUAUAGAUCUUGUCCGCUAUGAGAAAUCAUGGGCCGGCUUCUAUGGGUAUUGUAAAGGCCGAUUUUCUCUUCUUUUUCUUGAAGUGUGCAUUUGAUAUUUGACAGCUCGAAGAGCAGGGGCAGGUAUUGUCUUCAUAAGUGGAAGAAAAAAAAUCUUCUAAAAAAAAGAAGUGGAAGAAAAAAUAAAUAUUCGUAUAACUUAAUGUAAACACUUCCUCUAAAAAACUUAAUGUGAACAUAUUUUGUAGUAAUGUAAACAUACCAAAACCGCAUCACUAUAAUUUCAGCAAGGCAUAUGGCUAGCGUGU